AUGUACCACCCAAGCGUAUUUGCUGACAAUAUUGAUGAUAACAAGAACAUAAGCGUAGCCAUCAUUAUGGUGUCCAUUCUUAUAGGAAUAGUUUACCUCAAUCAAAAAAUUGAUCAAGAUGGAGUUAUGAAUAUUAAUGGAGCUCUAUUUAUUUUCCUUACGAAUAUGACAUUUCAAAAUGUUUUUGCUGUUAUCAAUGUAUUCUGCACUGAGUUGCCUAUAUUCUUGCGUGAACACAAAAACGGAAUGUAUCGAGCAGACGUUUAUUUUAUCUGUAAGAUGCUGGCUGAAGCUCCAAUAUUUAUUGCAGUACCACUAUUAUUUACAACUAUAUCUUACCCUAUGAUUGGCCUGUACCCAGAUUUCAAGCAUUUUGCGAUAGCAGUCAUUAUUGUGACAUUAGUAGCCAAUGUUUCUACAUCUUUUGGUUAUUUUAUUUCAUGUAUGAGUUCUAACUUAUCGAUGGCUCUUUCUGUUGGUCCACCUGUUAUAAUUCCAUUUCUCUUAUUUGGAGGAUUCUUUCUUAAUACUGC